AAUUCAAGCUUGUUGUGCCAGCAAGAAGGCAACAAUAGCCCGAGAGUGCCUCUUCUGAUUCCAUUCCAAUCGGCUUCAGCCGGCCGGCGUGGAAAGAUGUGGUUUGUUCUUGCGGCGUGUCUGAUCGGCCUCUCGGGGGCAAUCGGUGACCCUGGCUGCGCCACGUGCACCGGAUGGAAGAACGACGUGCUGAAUGUGCACUUGGUGCCGCACUCGCACGACGACGUUGGUUGGCUGAAGACGGUCGACCAGUACUACUAUGGCAGCAAUACAGACAAGCAGAAUGCCGGCGUUCAGUACAUCCUGGACUCUGUGGUCUCGCAACUGCUGCACGACCCCAGGAAGCGUUAUGUCCAGGUCGAGACGGCCUUUUUCUGGAAGUGGUGGAAGGAGCAGGGCGACCACCUGCGCCACCAGGUCAAGCAACUCGUCUCGAACGGACAGAUCGAGUUGCUGGGUGGUGGGUGGGUCAUGAACGACGAAGCCGUCACUCACUACCAGGCGACUAUUGAUCAGUUCACUUGGGGCUUCAGAAGGUUGAAUGACACCUUUGGAGCGUGUGGUGCACCGAGGGCUGGUUGGCAAAUCGACCCCUUCGGCCAUUCGCGCGAAACGGCCUCCAUCAUGGCCGGCCUGGGUUUCGACGGCCUAUUCUUUGGCCGCCUCGACUUUGCAGACAAGGCGCAGCGCCUCAAGGACAAAACCGCCGAGCUGGUGUGGCGCGGUAGCCCCAAAAACUUGGGCAAGCCUGCCGAGCUGUUCACCCACGUCCUCUUCAACCACUACUCGCCGCCGCCUGGCUUUUGCUUUGAUCUUUUGUGUGACGACGAGCCCUUCAUUGACGACAAACACAGCCCAGACUACAAUGUAGACAAGAGGGUGAAGGAAUUUGUCAACUUUGCCAAAAAACAAGCCUCUCACUACAGAACUAACAACAUCAUCAUGACGAUGGGCCAAGAUUUCAACUACCAAGACGCAAAUACCUGGUACAAGAACAUGGAUAAACUGAUCAAAUAUGUAAAUGAAAAAAAUUCGGACAUGAAUGUUUUCUACUCGACCCCUACGUGUUACUUGCGAGCCGUCAAUUCUGCAAACCUGACCUACACCACCAAGGAGGACGACUUCUUCCCCUACCCAAGUGACGAGCACUCAUACUGGACCGGCUACUUCUCCUCCAGACCCACGCUAAAGCAGUUUGCUCGCCAGGGCAACAACUUUUUGCAAGUCUGCAAGCAGCUGUACGCCCUAGCUGACCUGGGACCUGAAGACUGGGCUGACCUGACGGCUAUGAGGGAAGCGGUGGCCAUGAUGCAGCACCACGACGCUAUCACUGGCACCGAACAGCAGCAUGUGGCCGAGGACUACGCUUGGAGGCUCACCAGAGGCUUCGACGAGUGCCAUUUUGCCACCCAAGCUGCUUUGACAAAACUGAUUACCAAGGACUCUUCAAAUCAACCCGCUCUAAACUUUGAGUCCUGCACUCAGCUGAACAUCAGUCAGUGCGCCACUUCUGAAACUUCUGAAAAGUUUGUGGUGCUGAUUUUCAACCCACUGUCCCGUUCUGUGACUCACCACGUCCGCAUCCCCGUUGCAACUUCUUCCUACAAGAUCUUCGACGCCUCGGGGACAGAAAUCAAGGCCCAAAUGGUUCCUGUGCCCGAAGCGCUGCUGCGUCUUCCAGGCAGAAGUAGUCCUGCCAAGCAAGAGUUGGUCUUUAGAGCUGAAAGUCUGCCUCCUCUGGGCUACAAGGCCUAUUACAUCCAGAAAUUGGCCGGCCAAACUAUGCUUGCCUAUUCCGAAAAGGGUCCUGAAAGAUUCACUCUGAAAAAUAAGAGAGUGCAAGUCAAUUUUGAUGAGGAGACUGGACACUUGUCAGAAGUAGUUGUUGAUGGGGUCAGACAGGCCGUGGACCAAUCUUUCUACUACUACGAAGGCUCUGUGGGAGACAAUGAAGAGGCCAAGAACCGUUCCUCUGGCGCCUACAUCUUUCGCCCUGCAAGUGAGGCCAUCAAGGUGGCCAAACAGGCCAAGGCGAUCACCUUCAAGGGCCCUAUCGUCCAGGAAAUGCAGCAACACUUCAGCCCCUGGGUCAGCCAGGUCGUCAGGUUGUACGAAGACGACACUCAGCACUUGGAACUCGAGUGGCUCGUCGGACCAAUCCCCAUUGAAGACGGCAAAGGAAAGGAAGUGGUGUCCAGGCUGGACAUCCAGUGGGACACGAACGGCGUCUUCUUCACAGAUGCCAACGGCAGAGAAAUGAUUUCUCGCCAACGCCGAGCUAACUUGACUGAACCUGUGGCUGGAAAUUACUACCCUGUGACCACCGCCGCUAUUUUGGAAGAGGGAGAACAGGUGCUGGCUAUCCUUCCGGAUAGGGCCCAGGGAGGCUCCAGUCUGAGGGACGGAGAACUCGAGUUGAUGGUUCAUAGGAGGCUGCUGAAGGAUGACGCCUUUGGAGUGUCCGAGCCGCUGAACGAAACUGCCUUUGGAGAGGGACUGGUUGCCAGGGGGCGUCACAUUGUUGUCCUUGGGGACAGACGUCUCAAGGCAGAGCAGAGGCGGUUGGCCCAGCAGCACAACGUCAUGCGCCCUUGGCUGCUCUUCGCCCCCACUGACCUCACUGCCAAGCAGUUCUCCAAAUCUUACAAAACCUCAUACUCUGGUCUCUCAGCCCCCUUGCCCCCGAACGUUCACCUGCUCACUCUUGAACCGUGGAAGGGUCGUUCCCUUCUGCUCCGCUUGGAGCACUUGCAGAACAAGGACGACGAUCCUCAGUUAUCCAAGCCGGUGACCGUCUCUCUGAAGAACUUGUUUUCCGCCUUUGACGUUCUUUCAGUCAAGGAAACCAGCUUGGGCGGCAACCGGUGGGUGGAGAACGUGCAGAGGAUGAACUGGCCAGUCGAAUCGAAUGAAAUCGAGCUGGACGAAAAGGCGCCUGAAGAGCUUGGCGACGAUUUCCAAGUGACCCUCACCCCUAUGCAAAUCAGGACCUUCAUCAUUGAAGUGGUCAUGAAGCAGUUAACAGAGUAAUGGCAUUAUCUGACAUGGUAUAACAAAAGAUAAAUAAAUUUUGUACUUUUAUAGAAAAA